GGAGCCGAGAGUGGAGCCACGCGCCGGUUACGUACGCAGGCAGAGAGGGCGCUGGAGACGCCGGGGAGCGUUCUGCCCUCCAGCCCGCGGCCAGGGUCGCCUAGGAGACGCGCGGCUCGCGAGCGGCUCCCAUGGCUGCGUCGCACCGAGUGGUGCUGGGGCCGCUGGUGGGUUCGAUCGACCAGGGCACCAGCUCCACGCGCUUCCUGGUUUUUAAUGCGAAAACAGCAGAGCUCCUGAGUCACCAUCAAGUAGAAAUAAAACAGAAAUUCCCUAAAGAAGGAUGGGUGGAGCAAGAUCCAAAGGAAAUCUUGCAAUCUGUUUAUGAAUGUGUGGAGAAAACAUGUGAGAAAUUGAACCAGCUAAACGUAGACAUCACCAACAUAAAAGCUAUUGGAGUCAGCAAUCAGAGAGAGACAACUGUGGUUUGGGACAAGACAACUGGAGAACCUCUAUAUGAUGCUAUUGUGUGGCUUGACCUGAGAACCCAGCCAACAGUUGAGAGACUUCUUAAAAUAAUUCCAGGGGAAAAUAAAUCCUUUUUUAAGACUAGGACUGGCCUUCCGCUUAGCACGUAUUUCAGUGCAGUGAAACUUCGAUGGCUCCUAGACAACGUGGAAGAGAUCAGGCAAGCUGUUCGUGAUGGGCGAGCUAUGUUUGGUACUAUUGAUUCAUGGCUUAUAUGGAGUUUGACGGGUGGGAAGAAUGGAGGUGUUCAUUGUACAGAUAUCACCAAUGCCAGUAGAACGAUGUUGUUCAACAUUCAUUCCUUGGAGUGGGAUUCUGAACUCUGCCAUUUUUUUGAUGUUCCUAUGGAAAUACUUCCAAAAGUGCGGAGUUCCUCUGAGAUUUAUGGUUUGAUGAAAAUGUGCCCUAGCCUGAAAUCUGGAGCCCUGACAGGUGUGCCAAUUUCUGGGUGCCUGGGUGACCAAUCUGCUGCUCUAGUUGGACAAAUGUGUUUCAAGGAUGGACAAGCAAAAAAUACGUACGGAACAGGAUGUUUCUUGCUUUGCAAUACAGGUCAAAAGCCUGUAUUGUCUGAACAUGGCCUUCUGACCACAGUGGCUUACAAACUGGGAAGAGACAAACCUGUAUGUUAUGCACUAGAAGGCUCUGUUGCCAUAGCUGGUGCUGUUGUUCGUUGGCUACGGGACAAUCUUGGUAUAGUAAAGUCUUCAAGUGAAGUUGAAAAACUUGCUGCAGAAGUGGGAACUUCUUAUGGCUGCUACUUUGUCCCAGCAUUCUCGGGAUUAUAUGCACCAUACUGGGAACCCAGUGCACGAGGUAUUAUCUGUGGCCUCACUCAGUUUACAAAUAAAAACCACAUUGCCUUCGCUGCAUUAGAGGCUGUCUGCUUUCAAACACGAGAGAUUUUGGAUGCUAUGAACAAGGACUGCGGGAUACCACUGAGCGAGUUACAAGUAGAUGGAGGAAUGACUAACAACAAGAUUCUCAUGCAGCUCCAAGCAGAUAUUCUAUGUAUUCCAGUAGUGAAGCCAUCAAUGCCUGAAACAACAGCACUAGGAGCUGCAAUGGCAGCCGGAGCAGCGGAAGGAGUUGGAGUUUGGAGUCUGAAUCCUGGGGAUUUGACGGCAGUGACAUGGGAACGAUUUGAACCACAGAUCAAUCCUGAGGAAAGUGAAUAUCGCUAUGCCAGGUGGAAGAAAGCUGUAAUGAAAUCAAUGGGCUGGGAGACAUCCGAACCUCAGGCAAAUGGUGACUCUAGUAUCUUCUCUAGUCUGCCUUUGGGUUUUUAUAUAGUGAGUAGCAUGAUAAUGUUAAUCGGAGCAAAGUACAUCUCAGGAAUUGACAAAUGAGGCUACUUAAUGGAUUACCGGAAUACGGCCUGUUUGGUUUAUGUACGAAGAGAGAAGAAUCCAGUUAUCACCCAAUAUGAUGGCACUGUUUGUUUGUUUAGUUAAUUUAUAAACUGAUCUGUUGUCUGACCUACAGAGACAUCUAAGGUGGUGGAUUUCUAACUUGAAAUAAGGAAAGUAAGCUCCCUUACCCCCCUGCCUCCCCACCCCCACCCCCCCACAAAAUAUACCAUUCUUUUCUCCUCUCUGACCUCCAUUUAAGUAUCCUUUCAAGGUCCAUAGGUCCUAACUUUGUUUGAGGACGUGCCAUAAAUAGAAGUUGUAACCUGUCUAAUUGUUGGUACUUUAUUAUAAUGCAUUACAGUAAGCCAUAAAACAGUUAAAUUAUUUCCCAGCUGCUGUGAAUUAGUUGUAUUUCUAUGGUUGCUAAAAGGAUUUUUUGUUCAGUGGCUGCUGGAUUGAAACAUCUCUAUUGGUAUAGGGUUUUUGUUUUUUUAACACUGACUUAGUACCGGACACUUUAAUAUCUGCAGACUCUUCUUAAAUAUUGAUCAAAACAUUAAAUGAGGUUUGAUUUAUUGUCUCUAGUAUACAUUCAUGGGAGGAUCAUUGAUAAGAACUAUUUAAGACACUAAAUCCUAACUCUGUCUCUUGGAAGGGAAUAGGGAGAAUCAACUUUUUUCAUAAAGGCCAUUUUUGUACAUUUGCAUUGUUUUGAAAGCCAGAUUUUACACAGGCACGCUGUUCACAGGAGAGCCUCGUAGUCCGUAACAACUGAUAGCCCUUACAGUUAAAGGGAUGUAUUGACCUUUGUUGUCCCAUGCUGUAUUUGGGCUUUUCUCAUACCAGUUUAGGAUACCACAUGAUGCACAAAACUUUAGAAAGAUGCAGCUAUUGCUGUUUACACAAAGAGGAUCCACUCUAAAUAAGUUGUUCUCCCUCAUCACUUCAUGUUCUUGAUCACAUUUAGUGUAUCUUGGGGACAAAAAGCUGCUUCUGAAUGUGCAUGACCAUGUUUUUACUUAAUGAGCUUGUUUUGUGUCCUGAAUUGUGAUGUUUGCAAGCCCAAAUCCAAGCUUUGGGAUACACAAACUUGAGUAUCCAAAACUAGACACUUAAGGUCUAAGCCACAAACUUAGAAAUUGCCUUCAGUCCACUUAAAAAUGUAGACCCGGUAUAUCUAAACAGAUUGUCACUUUUCCUAUGAUCAUCUUAGAUGACUAUCUGACAGUAGCAACAUAAAUUAUUUAAAAGUUUAUUUGGUAGGGCAGAGAAGAUGUUUCUGCAUAUGCAAGAUGAUACUAAUGUUACAGUGACACUGAGGAGGAAAAUCAGUGUGGGAACUUUCCUGUUAUUUAUUUUGAAUAUUUUUCAUAGGUGCACUAGGAGCUGAAGGGAGUGUUUUUGUGUUCAAAAGCUCUCUCCUGGUCUGUUUUAUGCAAAAGCAGUCAUUCGUUAAAAAAGCUUUAUUUCUUCCAUAAACUGUAAAGGAGGAGCUAGUAGAGAGUAAUAAGUAUUGGAGCUGCAUAGAAGUUCAGGUCUGUACAUGUUUUUAAUAUAAACUGCCUUUUUAUUAUCAAGUGCAAUGAAGUCUGAAAACAUCUGCUUUUUAAAUGUUCACUGAGGAAUAUAUUUUCCCAUUGAUGCUUAUAUAACUGAUUGAUACUCGUGGGAGUCUUCUGCGUUGGUGGAAAUAUAUAACCUCCCUUCAUACCCAUAAUCUGUUCACUCAGGCCUUAUGUCACUUGAACAUACUUUGUCCACACUAACUUCUGUAAAUACCUAGUGUUUGGAUACAUGUAGCAAUAAAGGUUUCUGGUUUUCAAUAUGUAUUCAGAUGUAAUUGUAGAAGUAUACUGAAGGAGGAAUGUAAUCACUAAAUAAUGGUAAAACCACAAAGCUCCUCAACUUUACACAAUUCUCAAUCUUCCCUUUGUGACUUACUCUCUAGAAUCUCACAUCUAUACUACAGGGACUACAUUGGCAUAGCUACGGUGCUAUACUUAUGCCAUCUUAAUUCUGUAUUGUGGAAGUAGCCUGCUCCCAUAGAAGUUUUUCCAUUGGUAUAGGAACAGCACCAUGCCAAGGUGAUGGUGUUUUGGUUGAUAGAAGCAUGCUUUUGUUGACCUAACUGCAUCUACACAGAGGGUUAGGUUGGCAUGGCUACAUUGCUUUUGGGAGGUGAAUUUUUCACAUCCCUGAGCAAUGCAGCUAUGUGGAGCUAAUCCCUAGUGUAGACCAGGCCAAACACCAGGGACCAAUGUAGUGCUAGUAGCCCCUGGAGGAGGACACAGAUUAAGGGUGGCCAUACCCUAGAAAAUGGGGUUUCUAGUUAGUUAUUUGCCAAAAUUAGUUCCCAAGUGGUUAUUUUCUCCAGAUUAAUGCUGAAACGGGAAACCUGUAAUAUGUAAUGAACCUGAAAUCAUUAAUUUCAUUGUGUUGCCUUUUACACUGGUGUAUGUUUUUUGCAUAGAGUAUUGAUUCUGCUGUUUUUCUGACAUAUACAACCUAUUGUGAGAUGAUGCUGUUCCAAUUGCAGUUUGUGAGUAAAUGAUUGUAACUUAUUUUUUGUGAGAUUCAAAUUACUGUUGCAGAUAUUUUUUAGGUGUUAUUUCAACACCAUUGUUAAUUUUCUACCAAAAUAGCUUAAAUUAACUAUAAAUAACUUGAAAACCUCUUCAAAUAAAUUGUGUGAAUAGAAAUUGACUUUUUUCUAUAAAUUGCCAGAUUUAUGAAUUCUUACUUGAAAAACAUUGACAUUGAAAUACAAUGAAUAAAUUGGCUUAAAAAUUUGUCUCA